AUGUCGUCGUGGGAAUACGACGAUGACCUUGCAAUUCUUGAUUCCAUGGACCAUUAUCUCCUCCCGCCGGAAUUUAUGUUUUCCGAGACCGGCAGUUUGAGCUUCGGAGGCACCGGAGAUGCGGUGGCGUCAGUGGAGGACUACUCCGGGGAAGCAACAAAGGACGAUUCUGCGGCGGUGCGGGUGCCGCAGACGACGGAGUGGAAGAGAUACCGGGGAGUGAGGCGACGGCAUUGGGGGAAGUUCGCGGCGGAGAUAAGGGAUCCGGCGAAGGGAGGCGCGAGGCGGUGGCUGGGCACGUACUUAACGGCGGAGGAAGCCGCUCUGGCUUAUGAUCGAGCCGCGUUCGAGCUGCGGGGCUCCCGAGCUUUGCUGAACUUUCCGGCGCUAGCUUCCUCCGCCGGCAUACCGGAGCCGGUUAGGGUGAAACGUCAGAAGCCAAAGCGGCGUUUGCCGUCGUCGUCAUCUUCAUCGGAACAUGGCGGCACCUCAAAGAAGACGAAAAUAGAUGUAUUAAACAGGCUAGCCGCCGCAACCGCCAAGUUGGGUUCUCAGACCAUGCUAAAGAUCUUUCAUAAGUACACUUCGGAGUGA